UCCGGUUCAAAUUGCAGAUGUUGUUCGGCUGCCGGCGUGUUUUUAUCGAAGUCCACAAGAAAAUCACUAAAUUUGCAUCUUUCAGAGGUUACGACACAACGACAGUCAAAAUGGCACUAACAGAGGUUUCCAGUAAUAAGAUGUUUGGAGGAUGGCAGAAGGUGUUUAGCCAUGAAAGUGCCGAGCUGAAGUGUACAAUGAAGUUUGGUGUGUUUAUUCCUGCCAAGGCUGAGAGUAAGAAAGUACCUGUCGUGUACUGGCUAUCAGGACUGACCUGUACAGAACAGAACUUUUUGACCAAGGCUGGAAGUCAGAAGUAUGCUGCAGAACAUGGACUCAUGAUUGUAAUUCCUGAUACUAGUCCCAGAGGUUGUAACAUUGAAGGUGAAGAUGAUGCCUAUGACUUCGGGUCGGGUGCUGGUUUCUAUGUUAACGCCACUCAGGACAAGUGGAAAACUAACUACAGAAUGUAUGCUUACAUCACAGAGGAGCUCCCAGCCUUAAUCAAUAGCAAUUUUGCAGCCAUUCCUGAGAAAAUGUCCAUUUUCGGUCACAGUAUGGGAGGACAUGGAGCUUUGAUUUGUGCACUGAAGAAUCCAGGAAAGUACAAGGCAGUGAGUGCCUUCGCUCCAAUCUGUAACCCCAUCAACUGUCCCUGGGGACAGAAGGCAUUCUCUGGUUACCUUGGUGACAACAAAGAGGACUGGAAGGAAUAUGAUGCGACUGAACUUGUGAAGAAGUACAAUGGACCUCCUCUAGAAAUCCACAUUGAUCAGGGAAAGGCUGACAACUUCCUGCCAGCAGGCCAGCUACUUCCCGACAACUUUGUUGCUGCCUGUGCGGAGGCCAAGAUGCCUGUGGUCCUCAGAAUGCAAGAGGGUUAUGACCACAGUUACUUCUUUAUGGCAACUUUCAUGGAGGAUCAUAUGAAACACCAUGCAAAGGUCCUUAACCAGUAACACAGAGCCGUCGCCACAUGAAAUCUUUUGAUUUUAUUUAUCUUAGUUGAAGUUGAGACCUACACACCAAUCCUUGCUGCAUUUAUUUUUACCAAUUGAGGAAUUUCUCAAAUUCCUGUUUCUGGUUUUGUUUUAUUUGUACCCUGCUUGCUGAACCUGAUGGUAAAUUGUGUAAUAUAUAUUAUGUAUAUUUUCUUAAGUAGGCCAAAUAAAUAUCUAAUUAAUUGCAUAUUGACAUUAAUUUGGUUUUUGAAAAUUGUGUAAUAUAUUUUAUAUAUUUUCUAAAGUAAUCAAUAUCUAAAUUAUUAUGAAUUCCUCUUAAUCUAAUUUUUGUUGUAAAUCAUGAUCAUGAUUGUUAUAUCACAAAUGUUUGGAAUUAGGUAAUUUGUACAAGUUAAUAACUUUUUCAAGACAAACUGCAUAUAGGUAUUGUUUAAGAGUCUAUAUGAUGUACAAUUGUAGCGUGCCUACAGCGAAAUAACUUGUUAGGAACUUGUAUCUGAUAUUAAAUGAUGUGAUUUAGUGCUAUCAUAGCUGGAACAGAAAGUAGGUGGUAAAUGUUGUGGGAAUCUGGUACCCAUAAGGAGGUGCUGUUAGAAAUGCCAUAUAUAGAAAAAUGAUUAUUGUUUGAUUAAAUGUGUUGAUUUUAUUGUAUGAUUUUUGUCAGUAAUUGUUGGAUGUUUUACUGUAUAGUAGAACCGCUAAAUAUGUUUGCUUCUUGCUCUGAUCACAUGAUGCAACUUCUAGUUCUCGAACCUAGAGCAAAACAGUAGAACUUCAUUAAUAUCAUUGUACAAUCUAAAGUUCUGUUUCAAUAUGGUGGUAACUUUGCUUUAGUACAAAUAAAUUCUUUCUAAAAUGAUGCUGUAAAAAGUGUCGAGACAUUGGUUUUAUUAUCGAGGGGAGGUAACUCCAAACUGAUUGUUGUUGAGAAUAGAAUCGUUGUAUCAGAACAGACAUAGUGUGGACAACGUAUUAAAGAUUUACAGCAUUAUUGAACAUCUCUAUUUUAUUUAGCAUGUUGUAAAGUGUUGGUGAGAAGCUUUGUAUGAAAUGUAAACAUGGAGAAAAUGCAGCAAAUUUAGUUUGUACAUUGUACUAUAGCCUUAUACUAAAAGUCCAUAAUCAUAUAUACUUGUCGAUCAUUCAAAUUUCCUUUGGGAGAAACCAGGAGUACUGACAAUGACUGUAUUGGACAAAACAUUUGUUUGAAAUGAGAAAUUCUGUGUUGGUCUGUGCAAGAAACAAUUUAAUAUGAUCAAAACACAGGAUGUACAUAAUGGAAUUUUGCCAAUUUCAAUGGUAAAAAAUAGGGCAAGGAACGACAGUCUCCCUUAAAAACUGGCAGACAUGUCACGCACAUGUCACUUGUUAGCAUGCAGUAUCGAGUCUAAAUAGCAAGUUUAUGGGAUCUAUUGUUGAUUUAAACUUAUUAUUUUAUGUUUGGAGUGUAAGCCGCAGUGUACAAGUUGAUUAUAUUUACUGGGGUGCACGUGAUACAAGUUGUAAAACUGACUAAGAUACAUGCAGUAUCCCAGUAUGUUGUGACACAGUUUCACAAAGGAAUAUAUGUGAUAUUUUUCAAUAGAACUAUUACAUUUCUGGUUUUGGGUGUUGAUUUUGAAAAUCCGAUCCAAUUACACUAUGACAAAAUUAAUUAAUUGUUCUCCUACAUAAAAGUACAACAUACUGUGCCCUGCUGGGUUUAAGAAGCUGAUGUGUUUUGCAGGGUACACCGCAACCAUGGUCUACCUGAGUUGUAAUUCUAAAAAUCCCUCUUUCCAUAUUUUGUCGGUGCCCCAACAUGGAUUGUGUGGGUCUGAUUGAGGUACAUUUAUACAAAAUGUAUUGCCAAAUAUUUAUAGGGAUCAAUUACACAUUUUCAGCAACCUUAUUAAAAGAACAAUCUUAUUAUAUAUAUUGUCUGUGCCUAGACAUCUGUUUUGUAUCAAAUACUGAUAAUUGUGACAGAUAGCAUUGAGUUCUUACAAAUACAUCUUUGAAAAAAAGAACAUACCAGCAUAUUCCCCCCCUCCCAUAUUUUCCAAUGAAUGAACAAUAAAUGCAUCUAAACAAAUGAAAAUUAAUUGUUAACCAAUGAAAUAAAAUUAAAGAAUA